CACGUUCUCAAAGAACUAGUUUUGAAAUCGAUUGAGAGGGGAGAAAACGUACACGGUCGAGCCAGCGCGAGUCAGCGCGAGGCCCGGCCAGCUACACCAGUCGUAUACUAAUAAGUCACUAAACAAGUUAUUGCACACAUUUUAUAAAAAAUGGAAGCGUUUAUUGAAGGCGUCCGAUUGCAACCUUGCCUGUGGAACCCUCUACAUCCAGAUUAUCGUGAGAUGCACACCAAAGACGAAGCCUGGCAACGAGUUGUUGAUCAUUAUAGCAAUGUCUCGAUUCCUAAUAUACAAGUAGCGAAAAUUGAAUGGAAAAAGCUGCGUGACAAUCACCGGGACGCUCUGAAAAGAGCUAAGCUGGGCAAGAAUAAACUAUUACCGGCGCAAAUAACCACUUGGAAGUACGCUAAAGCAAUGCAGUUCCUUGAACCACACAUGAAGUACCGAAUAACAGAGAAUAUAGAAAUUGAUCCACCUUCAACUGGUCAUACGAAAAGUUCAGAACAAGAUGUCACUACUACCGAAAACGCCGAGGGCGCAUUGACGAAUAUACUAAGAAAUCGCUGUGAAUGCAAAAGUGAAUCCAAACAAGACUCAGAUGCCCUCGAAUCCUUUUUCAACUGCAUGCUACAGAGUACUAAGACGAUGCCGCAUUGGAUGCAAACACAAGUGAAAAAAAAGAUAUUUGCUGUUAUUAUAAACGCCGAAGAACAUCUAUCAGGACAGAGCCAUGAUGCGGAACGGUCAAAAGACAAACAGAAUACUUUCAACGAACCACCGGAAAAGAAAAUCAAAACCGAAAUAUACAUGGACGACAACUGUGAUAAUGAAUAUUCAUGACAAUAAUGACAAGUUUCCUGCGAUUCAUACUUAGAAAGUUAAUUAAUUUAUAUAAUAAACAAUUUUGUACAAAGUU